AUGCACUUCAACAGCACCGGAAGUGGCAUGUUCCGCGAGAUCGACACCCUCGCGCUCACGAGACAGUUACAAAAGAACGAUAUUUUUACCGAAAAGCAAGCCGAAGAAGCCGUGCGGAUGUUCGUCUCGUGUUUAAAAUCCGCAGACUUUGUCACGCACGCGGAAUUGCAAGUGGAAGCGCAACGCAAUCGACACAAGUUCGAACGGUACCAGAUGAUCUCGGACGCGAGGAUCGAACGCGCGAACGUGAAAUCGGAAACCGUGGAGAAGGAUUUAAAGCAAGAGGCGGAGAAAAUCAGGUCCGAGUUGCGGUACAACUUCGAGAAGAUGAAUCAAACGUCCAGGUUGGACUUGAAUUUAGAGAAGGGAAGGAUGCAAGAUAACUUGACCUUGAUCGAUAACAAACUGUUAAGCACGGAGUUGCGGUUAGAUAGGGAAAUUCAAUCCAUGCGAACACAUCUAGAAAUAAAAGUGAACGAUAUCAUUCGGUACGGGUUAGGGACGUUAGUGUCGGUUGGAGCGUUAGGAUUGGGGUUUCUGAGGUUUCUCACGUGA